AUAAAUUAAAUAAACAACAAUAGUUUACGCGAGCGAGUUUCAGUGGUGCCCUGUUCUGUUGAAUUUAUAGUGAAAAUCAUGAAUGAUAAUGAAUAUAUUCACUGUCGCCUUUGCGCACAUUUCAAGCCAAAAUACUCAUUAAUACACCUAAUAUCAGAGGAACCACAUUGCCAAGAUAUUGUCAAAUGGUUGUCCCGAUUCAACGUUCAAAUAAACUUAAACGACAAUAAUUUGCCAAAAAUGGCCUGUAUUACUUGUAUAGCGUCGCUAGAACGAGCAUUUGAUUUCAUUGCUGCCGUGGAGCGAGCACAAUCUACUCUAAACGAUAUAAUUUUACAGCCACAGCUUGUGAAGGAAGAACAUUUUUCUGAUGAUGAAAACAUUGUUUACGAGGGUCCAGCGGACUACGACAAUGAAAUCGCGAUUAUUAAAGUCGAAUCUAAUAAAACAGAUUCCACUUCUGAAAUAUCGGUAGAAAAUAAUAUAGAAAAUUCAUCAGAAGAAAAGAAAAAAAGGCUUCUUUGCACCAGUGUGGACAAUUUACCUUUAGCUCAGGUGCACAUGUCUUGGAAAGAUUUUCAGUGGCUAUGCAGCCACUGUGAGACACAAUUCCCCACAUCCGAGGAGCUUCAGAUUCAUUCUAUGCAACACCACAAGGUCUGUAACCCAUACCAGUGUACAGAUUGCAAAGCAAAAAUAUUUCGACUCGACCGCUUUCUAAAACAUGUUAAACUGCACAGAAAGUACUUGAAAUUCUCAUGUUACAAGUGCCACUUGAAGUUUUUUACUUCAAAAGACUGUUUGAAACAUACAGAUGAACAUAAAGAAACGGAUUAUGUUUGUAGCGGAUGCAAUGAAAAUUUUGAAUGCCAACAAGAACUAGACGAGCACACCAGUACGUACUGCAGAGGAUCAGUAAGAAAGGAGACCAUUGGAGAAGAACCGGUAAUAGUAGGAGAUAGCUUAACUUGCACAGUUUGUAACAAAACAUAUAUGAGCAAAAAGACCUUGAUUACACACAUGUGGAUUCACACACGCAAGCAAAAGAGUUAUACUUGUGAUGUUUGUGGUAAAAGUUUCUACCAGAAAGGAAACUUACAGGACCAUAUUUUACAUCACAGCGAUUCAAGGCCAUAUCAAUGCGAAAUUUGUAAAUCGUCCUACAAAACCAAACGCGGGUUACGCUCACAUAUAACAAGUCAUAAUGCUGAGAAGCCAUUUGCCUGUGAUCAGUGCGGAAAAUGUUUCCGUUUGAAAAAGCAACUCAGUAACCACAGUAUUGUUCACACAGAUUCUUAUCCUCAUGUGUGCAGUUAUUGCAAUAAAGGUUUCCGUUUCAAGCCGUUAUUGACUCUGCAUUUGCGCCAGCAUACUGGUGUUAAGCCGUACUCAUGUGAAAUUUGCCAAAGAGAAUUCACUAAUUGGUCCAAUUACAACAAGCAUAUGAAAAGGCUACAUAACACAGAUAUGGCUAAGACGAAACAUACUCCUCAGAAGUUACCCAUUGAUCCUGUUACUGAAGUUUUUUCUAAUAAAGCAUUUGAAGAAAAAAAGAAAAUUCUGGAACUGAGUAAAAAAGGUAGAUGCAAGAAAAAUGCAGGCACUGAUAAAGGAAAAGACAAAAAUAGUAAUAAUAAAGAGUAAUGUGGCAUUAACUUCAGAUCUGAAAGACUUUUUUAGGAUUUUUUGCCUCAAUUUGUUUUAAAAAACUGUGCUUUUAAUCCAAAAAUUAUGUUGAUUUUUUUAUUUGGAUUAAUUAUAUAAGUGCUCAAUCAAAUGGCCUAGGUACUUGCUAAAUAAAAUUCAUAAUUUGUGACUGUAAUAAUUGAUAAUCAGAAAAAAGGUAUUGUUAACUUUAAAAAGGCUUUAUUCCUCAAAAAUGGUUUAUUGAAAUAAAAAUAUUAUGACAGUAAAAA